CCGACGUCGCACGUCAUCUUCAUUUGGUCGCAAGGUUUCCGAUCGUGCACAUCCCGACACACGAUUUUGACUUUGAACACCCGACAAUCACACCAUCCCUUGCCAGACCAUAAAUUUCAAUAAAACUCGUAACACAGUGAUGGCCGAUUUGCUGGUAGACAUGAACUACGCCAUAAUGACCAUCAACUCGCAGAUAGUGUACAAGCCGACCAGCCAACGCGAUGACCCAGAACCCGACAACGAUCGUGAGGUGUACGUGGGAAACUUGCCGCAACACUACACCAUCGAGAAGUUCGUCAACUUUGCUAAAAAAUGUGGUUCAAUUUACAGUGUGCGACUACUAAAAGGCAGUGGAGGUUUGAAUAAAGGUUUUGGUUAUAUAAUGUAUAGAAAUUUAGCUGCAGUUGACAUUGCCAUAGAAACAUACAAUGGAACAUUCCUGACAGAAAGUGAUACUAAUAAGCCACUGAUUGUACAAAAGAGCUUACGCAAUACAAUUAUGAUGAUCUAUGGACUAUCACAGAGAAAUAACAAUAAAUACUACAUCAGAACUGAAAUUAACUAUUUUGUAAUCAAUCAUCCAUCACUAUUACUGAAAUUUGAAUGUGAAGAUGAUACAAAGUUAUUUAUAUCUUUUAAAUCAUUGAAAGCAGCACAAAUUUUUAAGAAAAAACUAAAAGAUGCAUUCAAUAUGUAUGGAGCUAAAAUGUAUUAUUUUAAUGAUACAGAAAAUUGGGAAUUGGGACUGGACAUUACGAACAAACAGUUGGAGGAGCUGCGUAACAACAUUGAAAAUGUGGACUUUGCGGCGGCCGCCGAAGAAGAAAAACUCACCCGGCACGACAUUAUGGCUCACGUGCAUACGUAUGCCGCGUGUUGUCCGACCGCCGGACCAAUCAUUCACUUGGGCGCUACUUCAUGCGACAUCGGAGACAACGCCGAUUUGAUAGUUUUGAGAGACGCUUUCGACAUACUGUUACCGAAACUGGCGGGUUGCAUGAAAACGUUAGGCGAAUUUGCAGAUAAGCACAAGGAAUUAGCCACGUUGGGUUUCACACACUUUCAACCUGCUCAACUGACCACGGUUGGUAAACGCGCAUGCCUCUGGCUACAGGAUUUGGUUUUAUGCGAAAAAAACUUAAGCCGUGUCCGUACUGAACUCAAGUUUCGCGGUAUCAAAGGAACCACCGGCACCCAAGCGUCAUUCUUACAACUUUUCAACGGUGACUAUGAAAAAGUCAGAGAAUUGGAUAACAGGGUAACAAAGCUUGCCGGAUUCUCAUCUUCAUACUCUGUCACAGGUCAGACAUAUCCUCGAAUUGUUGACGCAGAAAUUGUUGCAUCCUUAAGUAUUCUUGGGGCUGCUGUUCAUAAGAUGUGUACAGACCUAAGACUAUUGGCUGGCAUGAAUGAAAUUGGAGAACUUUUUGAACCUACUCAAAUAGGCUCAAGUGCAAUGCCUUAUAAACAAAAUCCAAGGAUAAGUGAAAGAGUUUGCUCUAUUACUCGAUAUCUAAUGAAUCUGGUUAACAACCCUUUAUCCACUGCCUCUGUACAAUGGUUAGAACGAACAUUGGAUGAUAGUGCAAAUAGGCAAUUGUGUUUAUCAGAAGCGUUUUUGGCUGCAGACAGUGUAUUAUUGACAGUUCAGAAUAUCUUCGAAGGGUUAUCUGUAUUUCCUAAAGUUAUAUCAAGAAAUAUUGAGAAAGUUUUACCCUUUAUGGCAACAGAAAAUGUAAUUAUUGCAAUGGUCAGAGCUGGAGGAGAUAGACAAGUGUGUCAUGAGAAAAUAAGAGUUUUAUCACUAGAAGCAGCCAGUACAGUUCGUCUUGAAGGUAAAGACAAUGAUCUUAUGAAUAGAAUUAUACAAGAUCCAUAUUUUGAACCAAUAAUAAAGGAGCUACCAGAUAUUUUAAAUCCUCUUACUUUCAUUGGAUGUGCACCCGAUCAAGUAACACAUUUUUUAAAAGAAGAAGUACAGCCUGUAGUCAACAAAUACAUUUUCAAAAUCAAAACUACAGCAACAAAACUGGAUAUUUAAUUCAUAACACUUUUUAAAAAUUUCACCAUAAUUUAAAAUUUCAAAGUUUUACUCUUUUUUUAAAUUAGUAAAUUAAAUGUAUAAAUAUAUAAUAUAGUAAAAUACUAAAAUAUGUUUCUAUUUAAAUGUUAUACUUAUACUUUAUCCAACCAUAAAACAUGAGAUUCUGCUCAUCUUUAUUUGACACCUGCCAUAGAGACCAAUUAUAUUUAAGAAGAGUGUCUCGAGAAGAUAUGCAGAUGUUUCAAUUUUUAUUGAGUCACAGUAUAUUCUCACAGUGUUAGAUGAGAGUAUAGUAGUUAAAAAAAAUAUAAUAUUUUUAAACCAAAUAACAAUUAAAUUUUAUAAUAUAAUUGAGUUCAAAACAUAA